AUGUAACAAUAGACAAGCCCAUUUUUUUAGUGUCAAGAAUAUGUUGCUGAGUUGAGUAAACCUAUAAGCUUGAUCGAGUUUGCAAAAGAGAAUAUGCAAAAUUAGUUAUCUAAAGAAUAGUUAUCAAAUUCUCAUAAUCUACUUUCAGAUCACAAACAUAAAAAAAGCCUAUAAGAUGAUAAGAAUAGUUAAUCCAUACAAUUCAAAUUGGGCUAACGUUUAGCUUAAUAAACAUUACAAAGUACAAGUUAGAUGUAAUGGCAGUAAGUGGGUUAUAAAGAGAGUGGCUGA